AAACGAAACAAUUACUAUCAGCAAAUGUGCCUUAAUCAUUCUGGUAAUUCAGGAAAGACAAUCAUGAUUUUUCUAAUCUUUUUUAUCUUAAACAUAAGAUUUUACACGAUCACAAAAUUCUUAAUGUUUGAACGUUUUACAAACAGUUGCGUAUAAUUAAGGGAUUUUACAUAUAAAGAUUUGAUAUUUCAGGAUUAAGGAUAGAAUUAAUCUAUGCAAUUAUUAACAGUAAAGUAUAAACACUACUAGGAAAAAGUAAAUUAUAUAAACGGUAUCAUUAGAGUAAAUUCUGCCUAUAGUAUUGCGUCUGUGGCAGUGCAUGCGCUAGUUCGAUCGUCGGUCGUAUGUAAUUAGACGUGAUAAAUAAUGUAUAGAAAAAUAUCAAUAUGUAUACGUAUGUAUUCUUAUGUCCAUAAAAAAUAUACAGAUGUAUCUCAAUCUCACAACAUUUCCUAAUUAAGUCCUCAUAAAAUUACACAUUGUAAAACUGAAUCUUGCCAAAAAUUGCUAAAAUUGAGAAAUUUUUUAUUUAUUAAGUUUUGAGUUAGGAAAAGCAGAGCCAAGGGUUGAGCAACAGCAGGUAUUAUAUCACUAGUUACAAUGGAUUUUCCAACAGAUGAAUUAUUAAAAGAAGUUUUACAGUAUCCAGCUGUACAAAGUAUGAAGGUUACCGUAAGUUCUUGUGGAAAAUAUGCAGUAAUAAUCGGUGGAUCAGCAUUUCUUGGUGGAUUAAUUGGUGGACCAAUCGGACUUGCAGUGGUUGGUACAGUUGUUAGUGCUCUAUCAGCAUUUUUCGGAUAUCAUGAAAUCAAAUCUGUUCCAUAUAUCAUUUUGUACGAAACUACUCCAGAACAAAGAGAAAAGCUAGCACUAUCAAUAGUUAAGUACCUUAAUUUAAAAAAUAUUUGGUCUCUUAGAGAUCUCUUAUACUAUAAUAAGGAAGAAUUGGCAUUAGGGAUAACAUCUAUAAUAGUAAAAUUUGUAACUCAUGACAUGCGUUAUUCAAUGAGAAACUGAUUGUGGAUUAGAAAGAGAGAUCGCCCUGUAUAGAAUUUAUUGACCAAUAUGAAAUCUAUAAUUAUUUUUUACAAGAAUGAAUAUUUGUAAUUUUUGAAGUAAUUACUUCAAGAAAAACUUUACAUCUCUAUUUAUGUAUAUCCGCGACCUAGAGACCGCUAUUACACAGAAAAUAAAAUUUAGUGAAAUAAAAAUAUUCUAAAUAA